ACAACACCAGCGACCAGCGCCUGCUCAGCAAUUUUAUUGGACCUUUAUUGACAACGUAGAAAUAAGGGGCUGGAGGACAUGAGCCGCUGUGCGUAAUAGAGGAGGAGGAGGAGUGGACGUUGGGACGCAACGCUGCCCUUGUGUUGAUAGUCGGAAUAAAACAUGACAGUGCUGUUGUUGCCUACCUGGAGCACACAGUUUGACCAAUAACCUGACAAAGAUGGUGACUUCCUCCAUCUGUGUCUUCUCCCUGUCCUCUGCAGGCAUGGCAUGUGCCGACUCUUUGCUGUGAAUAUGCCUUCGUAGAGCUCUCUGGCUCGCCAACACUCGCCGGGAUUCCCCCCGCAAUAUUUUCUCAACAAGAGACGGAGGCAGAGAGACAGAGAGGAAAAAGGAAAGAAAAUCUGCAAAAAUGGACAAAGAGAGUAUUAUCACUCAGUAUGAGCCCGUGGCCGAGAUCGGAGAAGGCGCUUAUGGGAAAGUGUACAAGGCGAGGGACCUGAAGAACGGCGGACGAUUUGUAGCCCUGAAAAGAGUUCGAGUCCAGACGGAGGAAGAGGGGAUGCCUCUCUCCACCAUCCGGGAGGUGGCGGUACUGAGGCAGCUGGAGGCCUUCGAGCACCCCAAUGUUGUCAGGUUAUUCGAUGUGUGCACGGUCUCUCGAACUGACCGAGAAACCAAACUCACCCUGGUCUUUGAGCAUGUGGAUCAGGACCUGACCACCUACCUGGAGAAGGCCCCCGACCCUGGAGUACCACCGGAGACCAUCAAGGAUAUGAUGUACCAGCUGCUCCAGGGGUUGGACUUCCUGCACUCUCACCGCGUUGUCCACCGCGACCUGAAGCCCCAGAACAUCCUGGUCACCAGCGGAGGACAGAUCAAACUGGCCGACUUCGGCCUGGCGCGCAUCUACAGCUUCCAGAUGGCGCUCACCUCUGUGGUGGUGACACUGUGGUACAGAGCCCCAGAAGUGCUGCUUCAGUCCAGUUACGCUACACCAGUGGACCUGUGGAGCGUCGGCUGCAUCUUUGCUGAGAUGUUCAGGAGAAGGCCGCUGUUUCGUGGAAACUCAGAUGUUGAUCAGCUGGGAAAGAUUUUUGAUGUUGUCGGGGUACCUUCAGUGGAGGACUGGCCCCAGGAGGUGGCCCUUCCACAGAGUGCCUUCACCCCUCGGCCCCCUAAGCCAAUAGAAGACUUGAUUCCGGACAUAGAAGAGCAAGGACGGGCCCUCUUAUUGCAAUUCCUCGCCUUCAACCCCUCAAGGAGGAUAUCGGCCUUCGCGGCGCUGAGUCACCCUUACUUUCAAAGCGUGGACAGCCACAGUAGAAGCGUGUACGCGGCCCAGCCCAUCCCCAGCAACAAGCCCACUAUGGAGGAGAGGAGCGCUUGACAGUCGUCCCUCACCCUCAGUCAUCCAACACAGCGUCUAUGAAAAGCGUUCAGCUCGCCUCUCUGCCGUCUGCUUCACGUUUGUUUUCUACAGCGCGAAAUCAAAGUGCGUUGAUUAACAUUUUCCGGACACUGCUUGGAGGAUGAAUAUUAAAUGUCAAAGUGAAAACAAAACCUGAUGCAAUUUUAAGUUCAAAUACAAAACACAAACUAACUGAUUGAAAGGGUGCAAAACUCCGAAUAAUUAUCAGACCUUUGGCCUCAGUCACAGCCUUGCAUCGGUAUAAUAUCUGUAUGAGUGUUAUAUGGAGAGUGUGACUGAGCAGCAGCUUUAAAUCCUGCAUGAAAUUCUUGAUUACAUUGUGAUUGCACCCAUUCCUUAUUGCUUAAACACUGAGCUCCCUCAACUCAAUACUCGCUGCCUCCACAUUUUACUGAUCUCCUUCCAAUGACUCCUCAUUUUUCAUAAUGUCUAUCUAUUCGUAGUGUAGUUAAUGCCCAUAGCUGCAGCAGAUGCAUUUAACUAAAAACAAAAAUCACAUUUGAAUUACACACAUGAGAUUCUAUCUACUAUCCAACCUCAGAGAUUUGUUUUCUCUUUGACGAGAAAAAGAUGUUAAUCUGAAAUUCAGCGUUAAAAAAAAAGCUUAAUCGACUGUGAUUCCGUGUUGCGCAUAAACUCAGAAACAUGAAAUAGACCCACAGGGGGCAAAUACCUUUUUGAUAGUCAAUGUACGGCGCUCUGGGAAAGUCCUCCUCCUCCUCAGAAGAGAGCCUUGUCGUGUCGGGCUCUCGCCCCCUUGAACUGAUGCACAAAGCUAUCCUCCUUCCAUGGACUGAUGGAUUGUAAUUGCUGCUUUUAGGUUUCAAAAUGUUGAUGAUGAACUUCUUUGAAGCAAUGCAAAGACACUUGCAUCUCAGACUGACUGGUGGCAGUGGAUGGACCGAACUGUGUAGGCCACAACGCAGAGGCCUCUUUCUCACCAGUGUUCAGCCUUGCAAGAGCCCU